AGCCCCCCAUGUCCACACAAACACCUUCUCUCUCCUCUCUCUCACACACACUCAAGUGUCAUUUUCUCACAUAUACUUCACACAAAAGAAACAACCAUUCACUACAUACUACCUUGUCAUUGAUUUUCUCUCUCCCUCUAUAUCUCUCAAAAAUCUUUGCAAAAUCUUCUUAACCUCAAACAAUAUAAACAACAUUCUCAACAAAACCCAGAAAUCUCUUCCUCAAAUCCUCAAUACCCUUUUCUAUUUUCCUCCCUAUACCCUUAAUAAAAAAGGAUAUCUUUCUCUUUUUAUCUUCUUUGUCCUAAUUCAAGAAAACAAGAACUAGGGUUCAUCAUCUGUGGAAACCGACUGAAGAAUCUCUUCAAGAAGAAGUUAAAGGUCUCUUUCAUGGAGCUGUUUCCUGCUCAGCCCGAUUUAUCCUUACAAAUAAGUCCACCAAACAGUAAACCAUCAUCGACAUGGCAGAGAAGAAGAUCAACAACAGAUCAAGAAGAUCAUGAAGAACUCGAUUUAGGGUUUUGGAGAAGAGCUCUUGAUUCAAGAACAUCUUCUCUCGUCUCUAAUUCCACCUCAAAAACAAUCAAUCAUCCAUUCCAAGACCUCUCGCUCUCUAACAUCUCUCAUCAUCAACAACAACAACAACAUCAUCAUCCACAACUUCUCCCUAAUUGCAACAGCUCUAACAUCUUGACCUCUUUCCAAUUUCCGACACAGCAGCAACAACAACACUUACAAGGGUUUCUUGCUCACGACCUUAAUACUCACUUAAGACCAAUAAGAGGAAUACCACUUUACCACAACCCUCCUCCACAUCAUCAUCCUCACCGUCCGCCACCGCCAUGUUUCCCUUUCGACCCGUCGUCUCUAAUACCCUCUUCCUCCACUUCCUCGCCGGCUCUAACCGGAAACAACAAUAGCUUUAAUACUAGUAGCGUUAGUAACCCUAAUUACCACAAUCAUCAUCACCAGACUCUAAACAGAGCCAGAUUCAUGCCAAGAUUCCCAGCUAAACGAAGCAUGAGAGCUCCUAGGAUGCGAUGGACCACCACUCUUCAUGCCCGGUUCGUUCACGCCGUUGAAUUACUCGGUGGCCAUGAAAGAGCAACACCUAAAUCAGUUCUUGAGCUCAUGGAUGUCAAAGAUCUAACCUUGGCUCAUGUUAAGUCCCAUUUACAGAUGUACAGAACAGUGAAGACAACCGACAAAGCAGCAGCUUCGUCAGGACAAUCUGAUGUCUAUGAAAAUGGAUCAUCAGGAGAUAAUAACUCAGACGACUGGAUGUUCGAUAUGAAUAGAAAAUCGAGAGAUAGCGAGGAAUUGACGAAUCCUCUAGAGAAAUCAAAUGGUCUAUGGACCAAUUCUUCCGGAGAAGCACGUUUGCAUGGGAAGUUAAUCGAUAAUGUUGCAGAAAUUAUGCUACCUUCUGAGGUACGAUACAUCCCUUUCUACAAAUAUAACUAUAUAUACGCGAAUAUGUUUUGUGUGUAGCAUAUGAACUAUUAUCAAUUUAGUUAUGCAUUGUCGAAAUCAUUUCAUUGCUAAGUCACCCGAAAUCCUAAAAAGGGCUGCCACAAAAAGGGCUUUCAUUAAAGUUUGCUUUAGGAAUUUUCAAAAGCAAAAGGUAUUUUCGCUAUUUAGACACUAUUCGAAAAAAAAAAAAAAAAACUAAUCUCAUUGACAUUGACCAGGAUGAGUUUUUGUUUUGACCUUUGACACGCAUAUAUUGUGACUUGUGAAAGCUUAAGCCGUGAGGUGCGGUUAUCUAUGUUUGGCUUAUAAGCAAAUAUGGGCAAAAGCAAAACCAUGGCAGCUUCCAUUGAACAAUAAGAAAUAUAAUUAUGUAUAUAUAUUUGUGUCAAUGUCAAACAUUAGUCCAUAGGACAAUAAAUAGGGUAAGCUUACAUCUAAUUAGAACUAAUGUCUUAAUUAUGGAUGAUACAAUAUCAACCUUAAACCCUAGUUAAAUGUUGAGAUCACUCUUACUUAAUGUUGCGUGAAUUUCUGCACUUAAUAUUUUAUUUAUAAAUUAUUUACAUUCACAUGCUGAUAUCAUAUACAAGUACAUAUAAAAAAAUGCAAACCAUUUAUACAAUAGAAAAUUUAGCUAGUUGGUUAAUGAUUUCUUUUUGGGGUUUAAUUUCAACAGAAGGAACUAGAUGGAAAGUGCUCAAGUUAUGAGAGAAUAUCAUCAGAAGAGAUGAGCUCAUCAAGCAUCUCGGGAACAAGCCCUUUCAAGCCAAAUCUUGAGUUUACUCUGGGUCGAUCUCACUAAAUUUAUUGUUGUAGCUAGGUAGUAAUUAAUUAGUAUCAAUUAACUUAUAUUUUGGCUACUGACUAGUUUCGAUAUUCAUAUCAAUUGAAUAAGUUUUUUUUUUUUUUUAGCUUAAAAUCUUAAUGUCCUAUCUUGGUCUUGGAACUUUGACACACACUGUUCUUUUUCCUUCUCUAUUGAGAAGAGCUAGUGAAAGAAUCAACUAUUAGAGGCACAAUAAAUGUUCAGUACUCUUUGGUUGAACUUUUAUUUUACAAUCUGAUAAU